AAAAACAGGUGUCGUCAUUACUGGCGUUAGCAUAACAUCUUACAAAUUACUUUGAACAAGAAAACCGUCAUCAAUCACAAGGCCGAAGGAUAAGGGAUAAACACAAUGCUACGUCAUCUCUUACGCAAACCGUGCACCUUAACCCUCUUCCUUAUUCAGCCAACGAUUUUUCGGUCGCAGCUGCUUCCUAAAAGCGAAGACUUCGAACACUCUCUCAAGUCACAGCCUCACUCCUACGCGCACGGUCUCAGUGGUCCCACGCCUAGUUCAAUGGACCCUAAGGGCACCAUCAUUUUCACCUCCGUCGGGAGGCCACAGUACGGCUUCGACAUCUUCACCGUCAAACUCAACCAAACUCCCAUCACCAAUUCCACCGCCGAAGACCGCCUGUCUGACGGUAGUUCCAUCAAUUUCAACGCUCAAUUUGUAAACGACGAUCAGUCUAUCGUCUUUAUCUCUGAACGAUCGGGUUCCCCCCAGAUUUACCUCACCCGCCCAGGCCUAUCCAAGCCCGAGCUGCUCCCAUCUGCUCCAAGCAGCCUCUUCCACGAUCGGCCCAUCAUAAAAAACCAGCGCCUUUACUUCAUUUCAGCUCAUGAACAGCCUGAUCAACCUUUCAAGAGCUGGUCCGCUCUUUACUCAAUCGAGCUCCAUGGUAAAAGAGACGUUGUACGAUUGUCUCCUUAUGGGGUUGUUGACUACAGUCCUGCUAUUUCAAAAUCUGGGAAAUUUGUAGCCGUUGCAUCGUACGGUUCUCAUUCUUGGAAAGGUGAUUUUCACGAGCUCAAAACGGAUAUAGUUGUUUUCCCAGCAUCCGACCCACAUAACCGUUUGGUUGUUUGUGAGAGAGGCGGUUGGCCCACUUGGUUCAGUGACUCCAUCAUUUUCUUUCACCGCCAAGCUGACGAUGGCUGGUGGAGCAUUUUCUGUCUCGAAUUUCCAAAAAAUCCUAUUGAAUUUUCUGGGUGCCCAGUCAUUCCUCGCCGUGUCACUCCACCUGGUCUUCACUGCUUCACUCCAGCUGCCUUCCACGACGGAAAACGAAUCGCAGUCGCGACUCGGCGGCGCAGUAAGAGUUACAGACAUAUUGAGAUUCUCGAUCUUGAAUCAAAGGCUUUUCACCCAGUGACUGACUUGCUCAAUCCGAAUUUUCAUCAUUAUAACCCCUUUGUCUCUCCCGAUUCUGGGUCCCUCGGGUACCACAGGUUUAGAGGUGAGUCGGCGCAGGGCGAGUCCACGGUUCCACAUCUCGAGCCAGUUAUGUCUCCGAUCAAGGAUCUACGCAUGCUGCGACUCAAUGGAUCAUUCCCGUCCUUCUCUCCCAACGGUGAUCUCCUAGCCUUGAAUCCCGCGUUGGAUGAAAACGGCGGCGUUAAAGUUGUUAAAUUAGACGGCUCGAAAGGAUGGACCUUGAUCAAGUUCCGUACAUCAUUUUGUAACUCAUGGAGCCCAACUGAAAAACACGUGAUUUACACUUCCUUGGGCCCGAUAUUCGAGGCAGCUAGGACAACGGUUCAGAUCGCACGAAUCACAUUUGAUCCUUCAUGUCUCAACGGUAAUCUUGAAGAGAUCCCAUGCGAUGUAAAGUUGCUUACCCGAGAAGAUGCAGGGAAUAACGCCUUUCCGUCUUGCUCUCCCGACGGAAAGUCCCUCGUAUUCCGUUCUGGCCGUACUGGACAUAAGAAUUUGUACAUUCUUGACGCCAUUAAUGGUGAAUUUAACGGGGGUAUACGUCAGUUAACUGAGGGUCCUUGGAUUGAUACGAUGCCGUGUUGGUCUCCCAAGGGAGAUGUCAUAGCAUUUUCAUCCAACCGGCAUAAUCCGGAUAAUGUUGAAGCGUUUAGCAUUUACGUAAUUAAACCCGACGGCUCUGAUUUGAGGAGGAUUUACGUGGCGGGACCGAAAGGAUCGAGUGAAGCGGACAGGGAGAGGAUUAACCACGUGUGUUUUAGCCAGGAUGGAGAGUGGUUGGUGUUCGCGGCAAACAUAGGAGGCGUGACGGCAGAGCCGGUGUCGUGGCCGAACCAGUUCCAACCGUACGGGGAUUUGUAUGUUGUGAGGUUGGAUGGGAGCGGAUUGAGGAGGCUGACAUGGAAUGGGUACGAGAAUGGGACACCAGCGUGGCACGCAGGGGGCGAGCUGGAAAUGGGGCGUUUGUGCUUGGGGAAUGAGGCUGGGGUUAAACCGAGUGGUGAAUUUGACGAACCAUUGUGGAUUACUUGUGAUUUUGAUUAGAGUUCCUUCGUUUCUGUUUUCUCUAUUUGUGCCUAUGUUAUUGUCGGUAGUAGUAUUAUUAUUAUUAAGAAUUAAGCAUAGGUGAUAAAUUAGUUUCGAUUAAAAGUAAAAAAAAAAUUAUUA